AUGUGUAGAUUACUCUUGUACAAAGGCAAACAACCUAUCCAGUUGGCUCAUCUCUUAACUAAGCCAGCUCACUCUAUUAUCAACCAGUCAUUCGACUCUCGAUUGCGAAUUGACAGAAGAAGACCGAUCAAUGGUGAUGGAUUUGGAGUUGGUUGGUAUGAACCAGACGCAGACUCAGAAACAGCCAAUACACCUUGUAUCUUUACGUCCGUUACGCCUGCUUGGAACAACAACAACUUGAUACGGCUUGCAGAAAAAAUCAAAAGUCCUUUGGUAUUUGCUCAUGUCAGAGCAAGUACAGCUGGUACUGUUACCGAAACAAAUUGUCAUCCAUUCCAAUACGGACGAUUGAUGUUUAUGCACAACGGUGGAGUCGCACAAUUUGAUAGAAUCAAGCGUAGACUUAUUGCCACUUUGAAAGAAGACAUAUUUCUAUUUGUACAAGGAAGCACCGAUUCCGAAUGGUCAUUUGCUCUGUUUUUGAAUUUUCUAAAAAAUCCGGAUGCCGAUACGUUUGAUUAUGUUGAACUGAAGGAGGCUAUGCUUAAAACGAUUUCACAACUUAACGAAUGGGCUGAAGAGGCUGGUAUCACAGAACCCUCAUUGCUAAACUUUGCGGUCACGGAUGGAGAAUCAGUUGUUUGUGCUAGAUACGUGUCAAGUGACACAUUGGAAGCACCCUCGCUCUAUUUUUCGUCAGGUACCAAAUUUGAGAGUUAUGAACCAGGCCAUUACCGCAUGGUGAAGGCCGAUCGUCGCGAGGACAUGGUGGUGGUUGCUAGUGAACCUCUUACAUUUGAGAAAGCCGAUUGGUUAACCAUACCCACAAACACAAUCCUGGUAAUAACCCCCAAAUUAAGCGUUCUACUGUCACCAAUCAAAGACAACAACAACAUGAGGCGACAAGAAAAUGCAAACUAA